AGGGAAGGAAAAGAGGCUGUGGGGUGAUUGGCGAAUAAGACAAACGGUCUGUCUCAGCUUGUCAGAUUGCUUGGCUCUAGCAGACCUCAGCAUGUCCGAAAGCGCUUUCAAGACUCUCCUCCUCUUCCUCCUUGUGAGCUCAGGGAACUGCUUCUUCACGAUGAAGCGGCAGAGUCAAGCUGUAGGUUCGUCGUGCCGGAGCUCAUGCCUUGCGUCCUCUUUGAGGAUGCAGUUCAGCGACUGGGACCCGCAGAAGAUGUCGACAGAGCUGCACGAGCAGCGGGAUAGCAGCCUUGCAAGCAUUGGGCAGAGGAUCGAGGAUGUGACGCUUGAGGGCUUGAAGACUGACAACCUCCUCGCCUGCGACAACCUCCUCGCCUGCGACAACCUCCUCGCCUGCGACAACCUCCUCGCCUGCGACAACCUCCUCGCCUGCGACAACCUCCUCGCCUGCGACAACCUCCUCGCCUGCGACAACCUCCUCGCCUGCGACAACCUCCUCGCCUGCGACAACCUCCUCGCCUGCGACAACCUCCUCGCCUGCGACAACCUCCUCGCCUGCGACAACCUCCUCGCCUGCGACAACCUCCUCGCCUGCGACAACCUCCUCGCCUGCGACAACCUCCUCGCCUGCGACAACCUCCUCGCCUGCGACAACCUCCUCGCCUGCGACAACCUCCUCGCCUGCGACAACCUCCUCGCCUGCGACAACCUCCUCGCCUGCGACAACCUCCUCGCCUGCGACAACCUCCUCGCCUGCGACAACCUCCUCGCCUGCGACAACCUCCUCGCCUGCGACAACCUCCUCGCCUGCGACAACCUCCUCGCCUGCGACAACCUCCUCGCCUGCGACGCCUCCGGGCGAGUGCAUUGCAACCCCCGUCCCCCCCAGAAGGAGGAGGGAGAGGAGCGGGAGGAGGACAGCCGCAGGCAGCAGAAGGAGGAGGGAGAGGAGCGGGGGGAGGGACAAAGCGAUGUAACAAGACUUAACUCAGCGCGAGAGUGUGAAACAGAGAAUGAUUAUGAGCAGCGUUUCUUUGCACUCAUGCCAGGGAACAUGCCUGUUGUGAGAAGAGAAAGCAUCAUCUUGACUGUUGAGAGUGCUGACAAGCUGGACAAAAGCGGGAUUUGCUCACCUGGACAUCUCAGCAAUGUCAAUCGUAUUGCCGGAAAACUGCAGCUGGAGCAGGCAAAGUCUUCCGGUCCAAAGAAAUAUGGCCGCCGCGGCAAGGACAAGGCAUCCUCUGAGAAUCUGACGGGCAAUGGGACGAAGAAUAAGCCGUGGGCUGGGGACUCGUACCAGGCUGACUUAUGCUUGAAAUUCGAGCAGGACGUCUACCUGCGGGACGUCUUCCAGGGCCACAUUGCAUCUCCCGAUCAU